CCCACGUUGGCCGCUGCGGGGAGCGCGGCGCGGAGAGUGGCGCGGAGAGGCGGGAGACUGCGAAUUCCGGCGCCGACGCCGCUGCCGCUGCUCCGCGCACGGGUCUCCUUUCUUCCCGUCCCUUCUACGAGCGGGUGUGCAGGGCAGCUGGGCGAGCACUCAACGGAAAGCAGGAUCCUCACCGCCUCUGCUUGGGGAGUCGAGCGGCGCGCGGAGAUUUUGAGGGGGAGCGACAGUGCCCGAGGGCGGAGGGGCGCGGAGUUUGUGAGCAAGAAGGAAGUUUAAGCCUCGCGGAGAGGGUUGGCAUCUUGAGACGCCUUGCCGCCACGGCCUGGGCCCUACGGCGGGGUAAACUUCACGGCGGCCGUGCGAGCCAGGGAGAGGCGUGCGCGGGGGUGAUGCCGGGCAUCCCCCCAAGCUGGUGAGCGGCCCCGCUCCCCCGCCGCCCCGAGUCCCACCCAGCCGCUCCGGAGGGCGCAAGGCAGCGCACGUGCGCAGGCAGCCAGACCCGAGAGUGACCGGGUCGUGACCCGCCCAGGGGCGAGAGCGCGGCUGCGGCUCAGCCUCGGCUUGGACGCACCUGGCUUGGACCUUGUGCCUCUCGAGACCUGAGCCGGAGUGUGGUUCUCCCGGGAAGCGCCCCCUUCGCUUCCCCGCCAGCCUGGGCAACUGGGGGCGCCUCAGAAGACCAUGAGAGAUAAGGACUGAGGGCCAGGAAGGGGAAGCGCGCCCGCCGAGAGGUGGCGGGGGCUGUUCACACCAAGGGCCACAGCGGCCGCGCUCCGGCCUCGCUCCGCCGCUCCACGCCUCCCGGGGCCCGCGGGGCCAGCCCGGCCGGGCGGGGAUGCCGGGGCUGGGGCGGAGGGCGCAGUGGCUGUGCUGGUGGUGGGGGCUGCUGUGCAGCUGUUGCGGGCCCCCGCCCCUGCCCGCUGCUGCCGCUGCCGCCGGGGGGGCGCUGCUGGGGGACGGUGGGAGCCCGGGCCACGCGGAGCCGCCGCCGCCGCCGCAGACCUCCUCCUCCUCAGGCUUCCUCUACCGGCGGCUCAAGACGCACGAGAAGCGGGAGAUGCAGAAGGAGAUCCUGUCCGUGUUGGGGCUCCCUCACCGGCCCCGGCCCCUGCACGGCCUCCAGCAGCCGCAGCCCCCUGCGCUCCCGCAGCAGCAGCAGCCGCGCGGGGAGCCUCCUCCCGGGACGCUAAAGUCUGCUCCCCUCUUCAUGCUGGACCUCUACAACGCCCUGUCCGCCGCCGACGACGAGGACCCGGCGUCGGACGAGAAGAAGCGGCAGCCCGGGCCGCGCGGAGGGGCCGGCUCGUCCCAGCUCCGGCAGCCGCCCCCCGGCGCCGCGCAUCCCCUGGGCAGUAGGAGCCUCCUGGCCGCCGGACCUGGCGGUGGCGCGUCCCCACUGACCAGCGCGCAGGACAGCGCCUUCCUCAACGACGCUGAUAUGGUCAUGAGCUUUGUGAACCUGGUGGAGUACGACCAGGAGUUCUCCCCUCGCCAGCGGCACCACAAAGAGUUCAAGUUCAACCUAUCCCAGAUUCCUGAGGGUGAGGCGGUGACGGCGGCAGAGUUCCGAGUCUUCAAGGACUGUGUUGUGGGCAGUUUUAAAAACCAAACUUUUCUUAUCAGCAUUUAUCAAGUCUUGCAGGAGCAUCAGCACAGAGACUCUGACCUAUUUUUGUUGGACACCCGCGUAGUGUGGGCCUCGGAAGAAGGCUGGCUGGAAUUCGACAUCACGGCCACGAGCAAUCUGUGGGUCCUGACCCCGCAGUACAACAUGGGGCUUCAGCUGAGCGUGGUGACGCAGGACGGGCUCCACAUCAACCCCCGUGCCGCGGGCCUGGUGGGCAGGGACGGCCCCUAUGACAAGCAGCCCUUCAUGGUGGCCUUCUUCAAGGUGAGCGAGGUCCACGUGCGCACCACCAGGUCGACCUCCGGCCGGCGCCGCCAGCAGAGCCGCAACCGCUCCACCCAGUCCAGGGAAGCUUGUAAAUGAAGGGAUGAAGGAGUUAAUGGGUGCCUCUUCUGAUCUCCCACAGAUUACAACAGCAGCGAACUCAAAACAGCCUGCCGGAAGCAUGAACUCUAUGUGAGCUUCCAGGACCUGGGAUGGCAGGACUGGAUCAUUGCACCCAAGGGCUACGCUGCCAAUUACUGUGAUGGAGAAUGUUCCUUCCCCCUCAACGCGCACAUGAACGCGACCAACCACGCCAUCGUGCAGACCUUGGUUCACCUUAUGAAUCCUGAGUAUGUCCCCAAACCGUGCUGUGCACCAACAACUAACGCCAUCUCGGUUCUUUACUUUGAUGACAACUCCAAUGUCAUCCUGAAAAAAUACAGGAAUAUGGUCGUGAGGGCUUGUGGAUGCCACUAACUUGAAGCUAGUUGCUGGGGACACGCAGACGGCCUUGGACUCCUGGAUGACAUCUGCCUUAAAAAUCACGCAGGGCAAGACUCUGAAACCAGCUGGUGCUGGCUGGCGCCUUCCUGCCCCAGGAAGGUCUUAAAGGACCUUGUUCGGAAUUUGCUCACAUAGGAAAAUAUCGUGGGUCGUGGUGGUUCUGUAGGAAGCUGAGCUUGAAGGUCUGAAGGAUGAAAUCGGGUCAUGGCAGAAACAGAACUUUGAAGGGUUCCCCUCUGCCCCUCAAAACCCACCAAAAUCAGUGUUCGCUUUAGAUCAAGCUCCUUGUGGUGUUAGUGAGUAAACAGGGAAAACCAUCUUAAAAAAGCAAAAGGAUUCUUGGCUCAAGUAUCAGCAGGUUCGGUCGUUCGUCAGCUCACGGGAACGGGGAAGAUGCCCGUCUUCAGGCCUCAUUCCCGGGGAGGUGGGGCUCACGUAGGCUCGGGGCCGGUGCGGGAGCCGGGCGACGUACAAGUGCCUUUAGUCUUGGUCGUGCGGUUACGUGUUUGUCGGUGUGAAGAUACUUCUUUCAGUCCAACCACGUUAUUUCCACAGCCCUGUCUGCCCGUGCCCCCCCCCCCCAUGCUGAUUUCUUUCACUAGGACCAAAAAGAGACUAGAGUGAUCACUCUGAGUGGAGGCUCCGGGCACAAGAAGCCGUGUUAAAGCCAUCGCUGCAACCAUGUCGCACACGAGUGCCACCCUACACCUCCGCCCUUGGGGUCGGCUCUUUGAAAAGCACCUUUACUUCGGGAUCGUCCGCUCUCGUCUCUGUCUGUGAAACGGUUCUUGGCCCUUGUACGGUGUCCUGGGUCGCAGGCGUCGCCCGACAGAGGGCACCCAGCCCCCAGGAACGGCUUCGGACAGGCGAGCCGUUUAGGACCCGAAAUCAGUUUUCUCCUGUAGAAGGUCAGACUCAGAUCUCACCUUGGAAGAUUUUUCAAACGUCUUUUUCACGAUCAUGUACUGGGAAACCAAUUUCAUACUAAACUGAUUAAACCUUACAUGUAUGCUAUAGCUACCUUUACAGCUUUUCUGUAAAUAUCAACUAUAAUUUAUUGUCUGAUAACUGUUUUGCUGUAACAUUUAAGGAACGGCCAGACCAUUUUUUUUUAAAAAAAAUUUAUUUAGAAAGUAUCAUAGUGUAAACAAAUUGUACCACUUUGAUUUUCUUUGAAAACAGGAUUCAUGAUGCAAGCGGAAGCCACUCAGAUUGUGCUUCUCCAGAAAGUUGGGUUGUUUUUCCUUUAAAAGAACAUCUGUGAACCAUACAUGAUUAAUAAAGAUUUCCUUUAAGGCAGA